AUGUCCGAACCGUGCAGAGCCACUCCUGCAGAGGUCGCGAUCAAACAUGUGCACGAGGUGGCAGAGCCGCGGCUACAGCGUGCCAGGGAGACGUUGAUGGAGAUAUUUGAGAUGAGUGAUCUGCCAACGGACACUCUGGAGAAGCUGACUCGUGUGCUGACGACCCAGGCACGGGUUGCCAUCCAUUUUCACCCGGACCGCCUGGUGAAGGGGGAGACCGUCGCAGGAUCCUUGCUUGCCACAGGUUGCAUCCAGAGCCAGUUCGAGUCGCAGAUCUCCAACGGCAGGGUCGACUCAGCACCAGGGGGGAAACGAGACCAGUGGGAGAAUGCAUUGUUCGGCCAGGCCUACCAGGAGGCUGCUCCCUGCUGGCGCCCGAAGUACGGCGCCCUGUUCCUGCUCGGGCAAGCGGACGGUCCUGCGCCACGCUUUGGCUCUUGCUACUUUGUGCUGUCACCUGAGACCAGCAAGCGAGCCACCUUCUGCUAUGGCGACUCCCAUCUCAGCCCUCCGACCCGAGGCACCUGUGAAGCGUGGGAGGACAUCCUGUCAGAAUUGUUCCAAGAGAGCUUCAUGCGAGAUGGUGCACUGGGCAUUGGCGGCUUGCGCCCUCCCGCGCUGGCGCGUCGCAUCUUGGACGUCCUCCAAGCGCCGCUGGUCGACAUGUGGAGUUACCCACCUGCAAGGAACCUGGACCACUACAUCGAAGCCCAGGUUCACGGCCAGGUCGACUUGGCCCGGGACGUGGAUGCCCUGGUGGCGGACCCAUCAUUCAAGGAUACCCCCGUGGGCGCCCAGCUGCAAAGCAUAGCGAGCCAGUACGGCAUCCUUCUUCACUGGCACGCUGGGUCUGCGCUGUCUGUUGACGCGGUCCCCAAGGACUUCCGCGGACCACGCAUGCCUACCCUGGCUCGCAUGGUGGCGCCCGAAGGCAUGCUGACGCCAGCCUUGCUCGGGGCCGCGGCACGCGAUGCAGCCGAGGGUGCGUCGCAGAGUUGGGGACCUCCGGAGAAAGCGCUGCAAGAGCUGAAGUUGUUGUGGCAUGUGCUGCUGCGCCAUGGUGCUGCUGCGGUUUAG